AUGUGUGCACCAUUUGUCAAUCAUUGUGGUGGAUAUGACAAAGUGGGGUUUAUUAGGAAAGAUAUUUACAAUCAAGAAGUGUGCAUGAGAAAGCAACAUACCUCUUAUGCAAGUGGUGCAUUGAAGUAUUUACAUGAUUUAUGCAAGAAAGAUCCAAUGAUGUAUGUUUCAUACACCGUGGGUGAAGGCUCAAGACUACAACGGUUGUUUUGGUGUGAUGCUGAGAGCCAAUUGUUUUAUGAGGUAUUUGGUGAUGUACUCGCAUUCGAUGCCACUUAUAAGAAAAAUAAGUAUUUGUGCUCUUUUGUUGUCUUUUCUGGUGUUAACCACCAUAAUCAGACAAUAGUUUUUGGUGUUGCUAUCGUGGCUGAUGAGACGGAAGAAACAUAUGUUUGGUUGUUGGAACAAUUCUUGGAAGCAAUGAAAGGAAAAACUCCUUUUUCAAUACUAACUGAUGGUGAUCUAGCUAUGAGGAAUGCUAUAACAAGAGUGAUGCUUGGUGUUUUUCACAGACUGUGUGCAAGGCACUUAUUCCGUAAUGCAUUGAGCCAUGUUCGAGACAAACAAGUUUUGAAAUGGUUGAAGAAGCUAAUGCUUUGUGAUUUUGAAGUGAUCGAAUUUAAAAAAAAUGGAAAAGAGAUGGUUGUUACCUUUCAAUUGGAAGACAAUAGUUGGAUAGCUAAAUUGUACGAAAAAAGGAUGAAGUGGUCUCCUACGCAUUUGAGGGGUAACUUUUUUGCAGGCAUAUGGACAACAUCUCGAUGUGAAGCCUUCCAUGCUCAUGUUGCAAAAUAUGUUCAUUUGUGA